AUGGGCAUCUCCACCGAAGUCCCGCAAACCGUCGAGUGGGCGGGGAAGAGGGUCCCAAUCUACCCCAUGGAGACUGUUGACUUUGGACGAGUUCUGUCUCAGGAGCCAGCUGAGCUUGAGAUUCUGCUUCGUUGCUGUCAAGAGCAGGGCUUUUUCUACCUGGACUUGAAUGGACUAGAUGGCAGCAGGUUCCUAGAUGACCAGCAAAAGACUCUCGAUCUCAUGCACCGUUACUUUGAGUCCCCAAUCGAGGCUAAGAACGAGCUUGGUCUCAUUACCGCCCAUCUCGGAUACGAGCCUGUUGGCUCACGUACGGGCGGUCUCCCUAACACCAGAGAUGGUUACGAGAUGUUCAAGGUCUCUCGUGACGAGAUCCAAAGAAAGGAUCCCAAGUUCCCCAAGAUUCUCCAGAACGAUGCUGAUAAAGCGAUUUUGAAGAAUGCCAUUUCCGGCUCUAACAUCGUCACGAAGGCCGUCCUCUCCGGUCUGUCCUCUGCCAUGGGCCUUGUCGGCGCCGCUCGCUAUGAGAACGCCCACCGCAACGACCGCCCUUCGACCUCCACACUGGCCAUGAUGCACUACGUCCCUGCGGACCCUGUCAAAGACAAGGAGAUCGGCCACCAAAAGCAUACCGACAUCAGUUCCCUUACCCUUCUCUUCGCCGAGGAGUGGGGACUUCAGAUCCGUCCUCCUGGAACCAAGGAGUUCGGCUUCGUCGCUCCCAAGAAGGGUUGUGCUAUCAUCAACGUUGGCGACUCGCUGCGUUUUGCCAGCGGUCACACCAUGAUGUCGUGCAUCCACCGCGUCGUCCCGUUCAAUCCCGAGGAGCACCGCUACUCCAUCGCCUACUUCUUGCGCGCAGAGAAUGAGACAAUGUUCACCGACAGCGAGGGCAGAUACGUCACUGCUGGCCAGUGGCAUGAUGAGAAGUUCUUCCUUUUCAAAGCCACCCCUGACAUUCAGGCUUUGGCACCUCCUUCCAUGCUGUACGGCGGUAUGACUGCGGACGAGGAGUGGACUCCCUACACCCAGCCUGUUGCUAAGGCGCAUGAAUCUGAAGUACCUGUCGAGGGGCCGAAGCAGACGCCCGUUGUGAAGGAAACUUUGGUUGAGGCCCACUAA